AUGUCGACAUCGGGCCACAAAUCAUUUCAGUCGCGUGGGUUUGAGACUUCGGUCGAUAUCGCCCGCCGUCAAACUUAUCAGGUGGCCUCGGCCGCAGGAAUAAAAAGGUCCACGGACACGAGACCGUCGGAUGCCGCAGAGCCUAGAAGUGAAAGUAGCUUCGGAGGCGUAUUUCAACACAGGCCAAGGACCUAUGUGGAAGAGGUACAGGAGUCGAUACCACUGGAAUCUGCGCGAACCUCGCUCGCCCCCCCUCCCAAUCGAUUCCAUCCCAGUAAGAUCCGUCCUGGUCCUGGGGCGAGUGCACUGGACACGGAGGAAAAGAAAAAUGGUCAAACGGACGGCGUCCCCCCGAGUGCCAGUCAGAACCCCCUGUUGUUCCUGUCCAAUGCCAAAUAUGGGUUGCCACCGGCGCUGAUUGCCAACUUCGCGGCUCUCGGCGUCAAAACGAUUUAUCCAUGGCAAGCGUCUUGUCUGCUUGCACACGGAUUGCUCGCAGGUGAGCGGCAUCUAGUCUACACGGCCCCCACUGGUGGUGGCAAGUCGCUCGUGGCCGAUGUAUUAAUGCUAAAACGAAUUAUCGAAAACCCCGCUCGCAAGGCCUUGCUGGUCCUCCCGUAUGUGGCUCUUGUCCAGGAGAAGCUGAAAUGGAUGCGCCGUAUCACCGAAGGGGUGGAAAGAAAUGUGCCGGACGACGAGGAUGAUCGCCACGCACCGUUUCCUCGUAAGCGAUGGAAGAAAUUGCAGAAGCAGAUUCGAGUCACUGGGUUCUUUGGGGGUAGUCGGACCACUGCAACGUGGGAAGACACGGAUAUUGCCAUUUGUACAAUAGAAAAGGCCAAUUCCUUGAUCAACACAGCCAUAGAAGAGUGCUCUGUUGGUCAAUUAGGGGUCGUGGUGCUCGACGAACUACACAUGUUAGAUGACGAGCAUCGUGGAUAUCUUCUGGAGCUGAUGGUGACGAAAUUGCUCUUACUUGAACAAGACAUUCAAAUCGUUGGCAUGAGUGCAACCCUCUCCAAUACAGAAAUGCUUGCACAGUGGAUGAACGCCAAAUUUUUCAUAUCGACUUAUCGACCUGUUCCAAUUGACGAAUAUCUUGUCUACGACAACGCUGUCUAUCCGGCAGCAACAUCGAGGCAGUUGUUUCAAACAGCAUCCAAAUUGACAGCUGCAAACUUCUCUUCCCUGCACACCUCCAUCCCCCCAGAAAGAUUGAUCGACGUUUCCGAAUAUAAAGAGCUUAGCAAUGCUGCCACGAAUGCGAUGGUUGCAUUGGCUGUUGAGACUGCUUCUGCGGGCUACGGGGCCCUGGUCUUCUGCAGCAGUCGUGGAGCGUGCCAGAUCCAUGCUGCCACGAUCAGCGAGGCCAUGCCGGCCUUGGGACCAGAAGAGGCGGAAGAGCUGAAUAAACGCCUAGACCUGCUUGCAGAGUUGCGAAGCCUCGCUUGUGGGUUAGACCCAGUCCUGGAGAAGACCAUCGUCAAGGGCGGCGGGUUUCACCAUGCUGGCAUGACUACCGAAGAGCGAGAGUUGAUUGCACAAGCCUAUGACCAAGGAGUGCUGAGAGUCUUGGUAGCCACAUGCAGUCUUGCCGCUGGUGUCAAUCUUCCGGCGCGAAGGGUCAUCAUUAAUGGCGCGAGGAUGGGCCGCGAGUUGGUUGGGCCCGCCAUGUUUCGACAGAUGUGUGGACGUGCGGGACGAAAAGGCAAGGACGACGCAGGUGAAACAUACUUGAUUUGUGUCAAGGCAGAUCUAGAGGCCGUCUGCGACUUACUGGACGCGGACAUGCCCGCCAUCGAGAGUUGCCUCGCUCCCGAGAAAAGGGGACUGAAGAGGGCUCUUCUUGAAGCAAUCGCGACAGGCUUAGUGUCGGGUGCCGAGGCGAUCAAGGACUAUGUGCGCUGCACACUCCUCUACCGCACGCUGGACAAGAAAAUAGUUUAUGCGAUCAUGAACUCCGCUUUGCAGGAACUGAUCAAUGAGACGCUCUUAAAUUACAAGGAAGAUGAGUCUUACGAGGCAACCUUGCUUGGCCAAGCCGUUGUCGCCUCGGCAUUUUCUCCAGAAGACGGAUUAUUCGUGCAUGAAGAGCUCAAACGAGCGCUGCAAGCAUUUGUUAUGGAUGGUGAUAUGCACAUAUUUUACAUGUUCACCCCAUUUCAGGUCGCGAUGAGUACACCGAUUGACUGGCCUAUAUUUCGGGACCAACUGGAUCGUUUGGACGAGAGUGGCCUCCGUGCUCUGCAAUUCGUUGGCGUUCAGCCCGGAUUUGUGAACAAUAUGGUACAAUCAGGGGCUCCGCUCCGAGAAAAAACACCAGCUCAGCAACUACAGGCUCGCAUAUACCGUCGGGCCUACACAGCUUUUCAACUCCGCGAUCUUAGUAAUGAGGUUCCAAUCUCUACCAUUGCAUCUCGGUACCGUAUUCCCCGUGGCGCAGUACAGACUCUCGCUCAGCAAUGUCAUGGAUUCGCUGCCGGCAUUGUCAAGUUCUGUCAGCGCAUGAACUGGGGUAUGAUGGCCGCCGCACUAGACCACAUGCGCGAUCGGCUAGAAGCGGGCGCCCGCGCGGACUUGCUUGAGAUGGCGCAAGUGACCUAUGUCAAGAGCUGGACGGCGCGAUGUCUUCGAGAAAAUGGAUUUCGGAAUCUACGAGCUCUGGCGGAGGCCGAUCCUAAGGACUUGGUUCCCGUGCUGAUGAUGGUCAAUCCGCGAAAAACGCAGAGAAAUCAGCUCUAUCCAACUGAAGCAGAACGUUACACCGCGAAGCUUCUGGUGAAGGCAGAGACAAUAGUUGCGUCUGCGAGCAAGAUAUGGGAGCGUGAGAUGCAGGUUGAAUUAGAGGGGUGA